CAGAGCCCUCACAGCUCCGUUCCCCUCUCUGCACGCGCUGCAGGGCCUCCAUGUCUGUCUGGGAGUGAGGGGCCCAGCACUGAACACAGCGCUCGAGCUGCGGCCUCACAGUGCAGAGUGCGGAGGGACGAUCCCCCCCUCCUGCUGACCGCACUGCUGCUGGCACAAGCCAGGAAUGCCGCUGACCUUCCUGGCCACCUGAGCACACUGCUGCCUUGUGUGCGGCAGCUGUUGCCCACCACCCCUAGAGCUUUUUCCUCAACGCAGCUCCCAGCCACUCUGCCCCAAGCCUGCGGCACUGCAUGGGAUUGGUGUGACCAAAGCACGUGACCUGAUGCUGUAUUCUACUGGAUUACUGGAAGAUCUGGUUCCACACGGGACUGUUUUUCCUGCUGUUCUGGACCAUGCGGCGGUCCCUAAAAAGGAACCAGCAUGAUGAUAGCAGCAGUGAGGAGGACAGCUCCAGCAGCGAGGAGGCGGCAGCAGUGGGCAAGCAUGAGGAAGGGGAGCAAGAGGAACAGGAGGAACAGGAGGAACAGGUGGAAGAGGAGGAACAGGAGUUAGUGGUAGUGACUGCAUUUAAGAACAGUGUUUUGUAGCAGAGAAUUUAUUCUAUCAAACAUAGCUAUUUUGCUCAUUGUAGCUGUUGCAGUUUCCAUGGAAAUAAACGGGAGGCAUUACUUUUGGAGCGACCUAUGUGUAUGCGGCCCAAGACAAUCCGUCUUCACUCAGUGUGGCCCAGGGAAGCCAAGAGGUCAGCGAGAGGAAGCUUGCACACAGAGAGUUACAGGACUGCUAUGUACCAGUGCAGACCAUGGCAGCCUGGGUGGAAUGGGAAACAGACACGUUGUUGCUGUUCUUAGAAACAUAGACUCAUAGAGCCCUUCUGGUUGGAGAAGACAUCUAAGACCAACCAUCAGCCCAUUCCCACCAUGCCUGCUAACCCUGUGAGCACCUACCAGACAGCUUCUGGUUGUGGAUGCCCCACCCCUGGAGGUGUUCAAGACUAGGCUGGAUGGGACCCUGGGCAACUUGGUCUAGUGCCAGACCUGCAGGUUGGUGGCCCUGCUGGUGGCAGGGGGGCUGGAACUUACAGAUCCUUGGGCUCCUUUCCAAGGAUCUGGAACAUUCUAUGAUUUGAUGGUUCUAUGACAGUAACAUGGGAGCAGAGGCCAAUCCUCACUCACAACUACCCAGGGAGCUCUCACAUGCUUUGUAAAGAGCAUCCCCAGGAGCUCUGCCCAGAGAGAUAUGCCUCCAAACUGUGGCAGUACCGUGGCUGUGGCCACCUUGCGCAGCUGAGAGCGAAGGGCUGAAGGGUGAGGUCAGGCUGCCCACUGUGACAUCAGCAAGGAUGUCACAAUGCAGGGGAUGGUUUUAGGGCCGUCAGCAGGCAGUGCUGCUUCACUUUGGCCUGGGCCAUAGAUCAUGGCUUUGGUGUUGGUUCUCGCCUUGUUGGUGAGGGCGCUAAUUGUCAGUGGCAGUGACCAUGCGGUCAUGCUCGAGCGCGUGCAGCAGCACGAGAAAGAGCAGAGGAACGGGGAGCAGAGCUGGGUGGACAUGCCGGCUCUGCUCUUUACUCUGCUGCAUUACUGGAAGAUCUGGUUGUGUACGGGACUGUUUGUCUUCCUCUUUUGGAAUAUGUGGCGGUCCCUAAAAAGGAAGCAGCAUGAGGAAGGGGGACAGCAGGAACAGCAAGAACGGGAGGAACAGGUGGAAGAGGUGGAACCUGAGGAACAGCAGGAGCAAGUGGAACAGGAGGAACAGCUGGAACGGGUGGAAGAGCUGGAACGGGUGGAUCAGGUGGAACAUGUGGAACAGGAGGAACGGGAGGAUCAGGGGGAACAGGUGCAGCAGGAGGAACAGGUGGAAGAGGUAGAACGGGAGGACGAGGAGGAUGAAUACUUCUAUCAUUCAGCACUGACCAGAUACAUUGCACGGCGUGCCUGGGAAAAGAUGCAAGGAAGGGCCACCAAGUGCGUGCUGGUGGAGGAGCUGAUGAGAGACCUCCUGCAGACCUUCACAUUUGUCUGUCCAAACAGCUUCUACCCGGUGCUGCAGCCUGCCAUUGGGGUGGGCAGUGCCUUUGAAGGCUGGAGUCCCUGUGAGGAGGACAUUGUGUACCACCUGCUCGUGCCCAUUAAGGCCCCCCAUGGGCACGUCUUCCACCCGGAGCUGGGUGAGGAAGGGGACAUGCUGGCAAGGAACUCCCGCAUCCGUGUGGAGCUGGUGUGCAUGUGCACAAGGGAGCAGCAGCUGGGGGACGUGCUGUGCUUCCUCCACCACUCUCAGGAGGAGCUGAGCCAAAAUCAGCAGCCCAGCCUCCUACAGACGCUCUGCACCGGCUCCUACCUGGAUGUGCAGAAAACUGCCGCCUGGUUCAACAAGCAGGUACCAAGAAUCUGGAGGCUCACCCACCGGGCACACCGUUACGGCCUAAAGGUGCUGCCCUCCAGCCGCUCCUGCAAGCUCCAGGUGACAGACACCUCCAGCGGGGAAAAAGUCCAUGUUGAGCUGCUGUUCGGGGUGCAGCAAGGCAACCUGGACAUCUUCCUGAGCAGCCAGAAUGCAGAGGCCAUCUUUACGCCCAGCACAACAUGGCCGCAGAGCUGCGCUGUGGCGGAAAGGAAGUACUUCGAGUACGUGGCCAGGACCGCUGGACCCAACAGCUGCCACCUCGUCUGCCUGAGGCUCUUUGCUCACAUCCUGGUGGGCAUGGGCUUUUCCACCUACGCCAUCAAGACUCUUCUCCUCCACCUCCUAGCCAUCAUCCCUUUGGAGGACUGGCGCAGGAGGCAUUUCCUGAGCCGGCUGGAGAAUCUCCUGCAGUACCUGCAAUACUGCCUGAACGACAAACUCCUGAACCACUUCCUCCUUGGCAACGCGACCAUGCCUGACGAGGUUGUCCUGCCACAGGCCUUCCAAACAGCCAGCCCGCUCAACCUCUUUCAGCACCUGGAGCAGGACCCGGACGCCCACUCCCGGGCGCUGCGUGACUUCAAGGAGCUGAAAGAUCGCCUCUUCAGACUGCUGCUGUUUGGACGCUGAAAGAGGCGUUUGUCAGAACCCUCCUUUCUUGGGCUCAAAGCUCACAUGCUGUGAGCAAUAAGACUCUGAGCUAUCUAGGAGGCCAGAGGUGGGUGUUGCCGUGUGGCAGUCAGCAUCAGGUUGUGGGCAGUUUACAUCCAAAAGGAUUUCUUUGGAGAGAGUUUGCCGGCUAAAGAUCUGGGCUGAGACCAAACGACUCCAGCUUGGUACAGGAGAUUUGGGAAUAGUACCAUUGUAUCCAGUGAAGGCAAGACGCAAGUGGGCACCUCCCUGCUCCCUCUUAUCUGCUGGCAAGGCCCAGAAGAUGGGAACAAAAGGAGUUCCUGCUAUGGUCCCAAAAGGAAGAAGCUGUCACUCCAAAGACAGCCAACUCGGCCACUCUGGACUUACAUUAAUAAGGCUGUCCUGUCCUUGGAAAAAGUCAUCCUUGUCGUCGUCAAGCCAACAACAACCUCCGACGACCCAUCUCUACUGAAGCUCAGCAUCUGAACUACGAGCUAUGCUGGAAACCCGGUGGUGACUCAUUCUCUCUUGCUUUCUACAGAGACUCUUUGCUUUUAUUUCCAAUCUCUCUUCUAUCGCCCGACUUCCCUUGCCCAUCUCCCUAAACAACUAGGAUUUGUAAUAAAGUGGUCGGGCUAACAUUUCACCUGUUGUGUCUUAAUCUCGCCGUCGGGUGUACAUCCAUGAAGGGAACCUCCUCUCCCUCCUACAAAUUGGAGCAACACAGCCUUCACGCACAGAGCUCUGCCUGCCUGCCGGGAGCAGCGCACGCGGCAGCCGUUCCCUGCUACCACACCGUGAGGAGCCGGACCCCGUGCAGCCGGAGAGGCCUCUGCACAGACGCUUCCAACACAGCCUCCUGUCAGCAGCUGGGCAGGGACCGCCCGGCCUCUCAGAGAGCAUCCCUUUGUUCCGGGAGCUUCGGCCUCUGCACAAAUGCCAAGAAAUGCCUUGCUCAGCUCAGCGCUGCUCGAGUGUGACCUGUGCAAGGAGGGACUGCAGUGUCAGUUGCACAGUGCCGUGGCGAGACGGCUUCAGAACACUGCCAUGACGGGAGAGUCCACCGUCCUCUGGGGCAGUGAGAUGGAGUGCGCCGUCACCCUCCCUUUCAGAAGAUGCUCUCUGACGUUCAAACCGCCUCGUGUGUCCUUUGAGGAAGGCGGAAUGCCAUCCUAUUUUACCAGAACCUCUGUCAGCUGGGCUAGGCGUACGAGUUCCGAGGAAAAUCACAGAAUUCCUCACAAAAAAACCUUGCACGCCGGCUUCCCUCCUUCCCGCUCUUGAGACCCCAACCCCUCCACGCCUUCCCUGCCCUGGCGGUUACGCUGAGGUCCCGACGGUGAGUCCGGCCGCCCUCCUGGCCCCGCCCACUCUGCCUCAGCGCCGCCUCUCCUCAGCGGCCCCGCGCUGCCCGCUCGGGCUGCCCGGCGCCUCCUCUCCGUCCCGCCUUCUGACUUGGCCGCGUUGGCCGGGGCUCGGCCCGUCAGGGAGACGUCCGGCUGCCAGUGCGGGGAGACGGGGUAGCCAGAAAGCUUAGGAUCCUACGAUCACUCAGGCUGCAAAGAGAACUGAGAUCCCCAAGCCCAAGCCCACCCCACCGUGCCCACUGCCCACGUCCCUCAGUGCCACAUCUCCACGGCUCUGGAACACCCCCAGGGACGGUGACCCCAGCAUUCCUGGGCAGCUGGGCCUGUGCUAACUGCUCUUUGUGAGAAGAGAUCUUUCCUAACAUCCAACCCGAACUUCCCCUGGCCCUCCUCAGGGACAUUCCCUCUCAUCCCAUCGCUGUUAGCCAGGAGCCAACCUCCCCCCCCACGCCCAGCUCCUGUCAGGGAGCUGCAGAGAGCCAUGAGGGCUCCCCUGAGCCUCCUCUUCUCCAC